CAAAAUAAAUAAAUAAAUAAAUACAGUAAAAAGCGUCCACUUGCCACGCUCCCAAUAGUAGAAAGCUAAAAGUCGAACGAUCCUUCCUUUUACAUUCCCACGAAGCUCAGUACGAAACCCCUCUCUCUCUCUCUCUAUUUAUAAAUACAAACGCCUCUCUCUCGUAUCCUCUCAUCCCUCCCUCCCUCCCCUCUCUCUCGCGAUCAAGAAACGCAAUCUUGAUCUUGUCGGGGAUUCCAUUCGGAUUCAAGUUUCAGGAAUGGAGAAUCGUCGAGAAGAAUCGGCCUUGGAGCUGAUAAGGCAACACCUCCUGACAGAUUUUUCAUCGGCGGAGACCUUCCUCUCCAGCCUCCACCGCUGCACCUCCACCCUCAACCCUAAACCACCUUCCUCUGCGCUGAGCCGACGGAAACCGCCUCUUUCCAACAUCUCAGUGCCCAGGACGGGCGCUUCAUCUUCGCCGUCCAUACCCAGCGGUCAUAACAGCAUGGUCAUGGUGAUGAGCGACCAUCACCGUCAUCAUCAUGAGGAGGAGGAAAAGGGUGAGGAGGAGAGGCACUACAGAGGAGUGAGGCGUCGUCCAUGGGGAAAAUUCGCUGCGGAAAUAAGGGAUCCGAACAAGAAAGGAGCGCGUGUAUGGUUGGGGACGUUCGACACCGCUAUUGAAGCUGCAAGAGCUUAUGACAGAGCUGCUUUUAAGUUACGUGGCAGCAAAGCAAUCCUUAACUUCCCUCUAGAUGCAGGGAAGAAUCUUAACACAGACAAAGACAACAAUCUCUGUCUUGCAAGGAAGAGGAAGAGAGAAUCACACGAAAAAGAAGAAGAAGAAGAAGAAGAAGAAGGGAAGAUGACCCUUAAGGCCAUGAAGAGGGAAGAAGAUCCAGCGGUGGUGACCGAUGAGCUCUGCCCCUUGACGCCGUCAAUUUGGACGGAGUUUUGGGACGGAGGAGUAGACGGAAAGGGGAUGGGAAUCUUCACGGUGCCACCACUGUCUCCUCACCCAUCUCUUGGAUUCUCCCAACUUGUGGUUACGUAAGCUUCUGAGGCACAAAAACCAGAGGAAAAGUCUCAUUAUCCACAAUACAUAAUCCCAAGAAGAUAAAGACGAUGGUAAAAGAGUCGCAAUCACUUCACAAGUUGAUGCCUUUGAAACAAGCAAACUCCCCUCCUUUAGGCAGCUGGUUUAUUAGUUGAUUGUACAUUCAAUGUAUUCGUUGAUUCGUAUUAGUGAAUGAAAUCUUCAAUCUUUUUCAC